CUGACCCCUCCCUGCGGGCCCGCCCCCUCCGGGACCCGCCUUCCCCCGUGCGCAGCGCCGCGAGUCCUCCGUACUCCCUCGCGCCCCUGGCCGGUACUUUCCUUGCAAGUUGCAGCGCAAGUUUGCCCGCGGUCGGCGACAGGGGCGCCGAGAGCCUCCCUCGCCCUCGGCCGGCUGGGCUUCUCCAGAGCAUAUGGGCGCGGGUCAGGCGGCCCCGGGGGCCUGAGCGGCCGUGCCGCCUUUGCGCCCCGCGCCAUGGAGGGCGCCGAGCCCCGCGCGCGGCCGGAGCGACUGGCGGAGGCCGAGGCACGGACGGCCGAUGGCGGGCGCCUGGUGGAGGUGCAGCUGAGCGGUGGCGCCCCUUGGGGCUUCACCUUGAAGGGCGGCCGCGAGCACGGCGAGCCGCUGGUCAUCACCAAGGUUGAAGAAGGCAGCAAAGCUGCGGCCGUGGACAAACUGCUGGCCGGAGACGAGAUCGUGGGCAUCAAUGAUGUCGGUCUGUCCGGGUUUAGACAGGAGGCCAUCUGCUUGGUGAAGGGGUCGCAUAAGACCCUGAAGCUGGUGGUGAAAAGGAGGAAUGAGCUGAGCUGGAGGCCACACUCCUGGCAUGCCACCAAGUUCUCCGACAGCCAGUCCGAGCCAGCUGCACCUCUGUUUCCCUGCCCCUCUCGGCCGAGCCGGUACCACGCCAGCUCCUCCUCCCAGGACCUGUCGGGCGGUGCCUGGGAGCCAGCGAACCUGCAGCGCACCUCGGACCACUUCAGCUCGCUGGGGAGCGUCGACAGCCUGGACCCAUCCUCCCAGCCCGACCCGUCGGGGCGCCUCUCGGCGGCCAAGUCCAGCAGCAGCAUCGACCGCCUGGGUGGUGCCAGCAAGCGGGACUCAGCUUACGGUUCAUUCUCCACCCGCUCCAGCACCCCGGACCACACCCUGCCCAAGGCGGACGCGUCCUCAGCCGAGAAUAUCCUCUACAAAGUGGGCCUGUGGGAGGCCUCCGCUGCAGCGGACAGACGGCCGGGCCUAGCGGCCGGCGACCCUCAGGGCACCGAGGAGCCCCUGGGGUGCUUACCGCCCCGGGUCCCCGAGGACGGCCCCGAGCCCAAGCUAGCUGCUUGCGGGCGGUCCAGCUCCGGGCCCGUCUGGUAUGUUCCGGAUAAGAGACGAGCCCCUCCGUCCCCUCCCCCGCCGCCUCCCCCGCUCCGCCGUGACAGCUUCGCUGCCACCAGGAGCCACGAGCAGACCCAGGGCCCCACGUUCUCAGCAGACGCGGCCCCAGCGCAGCCCUUGCCGGGCCUGAGCCGCGUACAGCCCCACGGUGGCGACUGGAAGAGACCCGAACCCGCUGAUCAGCUGUUGAGGCCGGUGCGCGGGGCUGACGGGGGGAGAGCUGCGAGCUCGGGGUGCGCUCCAGGGGCACAUGUGGACUGUGGGUGGCCGGCCUGCGACAGCGGGUCCCGGGCCCUUUUGGGGGCCCCCAGCCGGCUGCAAGCUUCUCUCUCGAGCACUGACGUGCGCCGCCCGCAGCCCUCGCCCGUGUGCCAACACCCGCGCCACUCGAGCGACGAGGGCCCCUUCUUCCGCGAGGGCCCCAGGGCCACCACGUGGCUAGGGGAGCCCCUCCCCGCUGACUGCCUCGGGAACAACACCCCUGCUGCCAUUGUCGUCGGAGGGCCGCGCGCAGCAGACCAGAGGGGCGACUGCAGUGCGCAGAGCCGCUACUACUGCGUGAUGUCCAGACCCGGUCCCCAGUGGGGCGCCCCGGCCCCUCAGCCCCGCUGCUACCCGUCCCGGCUGGAGGGCACCCCGGGCGCACGGCAGAGAAGCAGGGCAGACCCGGUGGACAGGGCACCCGAGGACCCACCGGGGGCUGGUCUCCUGGACAGAGGCGGCAGGAAGAGGGUGGUGGGCAGCUUGGACGACGGGGGCGGCGAGAUCUGCCCCCUGCAGACGCCCAUGCUGCACUCGCUGAGCCGGGAAAGGGCGUGCCCACCCGAGACCGGCCACAAGGACAUGGCGGCGGCGCCGUCUGAGGCCCUGGCAGGCAAGCCCCUCCGGAGGAGCGACCGCUUCGCCACCACCCUGAGGAAUGAGAUCCAGCAGCGGCGAGCCAGGCUGCAGAAGAGCCGGAGCACGGCCACCUUGGCCAGCUCCGCGGAGGAGGAGGGGGAGGCGGAAGACGACGUGGAGACUGAGGCACACGGCUCCUGGGCGCAGCCAGUGGGCGCCCCGGAGACCACCUUCCCCAGCGGCACCUAUAAGGAUCACCUGAAGGAGGCGCAGGCCCGCGUCCUGAGGGCCACGUCGUUCCGGCGCCGCGACCUGGAUCUCAGCCUGGCGGACCCGGAGCCAGCCCCCCGCGUCUGGGAGGGGGCCCCUGGUGCCAGGCCACCCUUGUGCGCUGCCGGCAGUGGCAGCGGCAGCGCGCGCAUCGGGAGCCGGAGGCGCUUCACUGCUGAGCAGAAACUGAAGUCCUACUCGGAGCCCGAGAAGAUGAACGCAGUGGGGCUGACGGACCAGCGCCCUGCACCCCGCGAUGAGACGCUGCGCACCUUUGCUGACAGGUGGAAGUUUUUUGAGGAAACCAGCAAGCCCGUGGGCCCCCAGCCCGGGCCGAGGCCGGCGCCCUGUGGCUUCCCCAGGGAGAAGCCGGAGAUGCUGUGGAUAGUGGGCCCUGGAAAAGACGGAAAGGCGGGGAGACCCAUCCCGCCAGAGCGGCUCGGCACCUUCGCAGAGUAUCAAGCCUCCUGGAGGGAACAGAGGAAAGUCCCGGAAGCCAGGGGUGGCGGGAGGUACCACUCCGCCGACAACAUCCUCGACGUGGGUGUGGACCAGGAAGAGAGGCCGCAGUACGUCCACGAAAGGUCCCGGUCAUCGCCUUCCACAGACCUCUACAAGCAGGACGCAUCCAUGGAACCUCGAUGGGAAGCAGGGGACCCGGAGGAGCACACGGAGCUUUCUUCGGCGGCACCGGCCGAGGACAGAAGCCCCACCCCAAGACAAGCAGAUGGUCAGCGUUCGGAGAACCACCCAGGAGCACCGCGGGACCCCCGGCAAACCUCUGAACCCCCUGGCGGCAGGGAAGGGCCUGAGGUGUCCCUGGAGGCCCGUGGCCGGGCGGGCACUCUCCCUCGCGAUUACCGGUACCCAGAGCCGCGCACACCCCUGGAGCCACCCGCCCGGGGGCAGGAGCCCCGGCCCCUGAGCGCCGCUGCGCCGGCCCGGAGACCCACCCUACAGAGGCCACAGCCGCCCAAGCGUGAGCUCCGGCCGCCGCCAGGGGACACGCCCGGCCGGCCUCACACCUCCGUGGCCUCCUCGGAGGCAGUGGACACGCGGAGCACGCGGUGUGUGGAGGAGCCCACGGCCCGGCCCCGGCGGGAGGUGCUGCUCCCUGCCCCGUUCCGGCCCCUGCAGACCUUUGCCAUGGACACCUCGCGCUCGCCGUCCCCGCAGUUCGCCCCGCAGAAGCUGACGGACAAGCCCCCUCUGCUCAUCCAGGAUGAGAAUGCUGCCAGAAUCGAGCGGGUGAUGGACAACAACACCACAGUGAAGAUGGUGCCCAUCAAGAUAGUGCAUUCGGAGAGCCAGCCGGAGAAGGAGAGCCGCCAGGCACUGGCCUGCGUCCCCGAGCCACCUCCGCUGCCCCGGGGCCUCGAGCGGGACCAGAUCAAGACACUCAGCACGUCCGAGCAGUCCUACUCACGCUUCUGCCCCUACAGCCGCCAGGGUGCCGAGCCCCAGCCUGCCACCGGCGCCCCGGGCCCCCCCGCCAAGGAAGGCCGGGCCUCCCCUCCCGCGCUGAGCUACGUGAAGGCCAAAGACAGGACCGCCGACGACCUCAAGUCAGAGGAGCUGGCCCGCGAGAUCGCGGGCAGGGAUAAGUCGCUGGCGGACAUCCUGGACCCCGGCGUGAGGAUGAGAACCACCAUGGACCUCAUGGAGGGCAUCUUCCCCAAAGACGAGCACCUCCUGGAAGGCGCACAGCAACGGAGGAAGCUGCUGCUCAAGGGGCCCUCGCCCAGGACGGCGGAGGAGAGGAGGGAGGAGAGCAGCGUGCUGGCAGCCGCACCCUUGGCCACCAACUCCGCCUACUACAGCACGUCAGCCCCCAAGGCGGAGCUGCUGAUAAAGAUGAAGGACCUGCAGGAGCAGCAGGAGCCAGAGGAGGACUCGGGCAGUGACUUGGACCACGACCUGUCAGUCAAAAAGCAGGAGCUCAUUGAGAGCCUUGGCCGCAAGCUGCAGGUACUGCGGGAGGCGCGGGAGAGCCUGCUGGAGGACGUGCAGGCCAACAGCGCGCUGGGCGACGAGGUGGAGGCCCUGGUCAAGGCCGUGUGCAAGCCCAACGAGUUUGACAAGUUCCGCAUGUUCAUCGGGGACCUCGACAAGGUGGUGAACCUCCUGCUGUCGCUGUCCGGCCGCCUGGCCCGAGUGGAGAACGCCCUCAACAACCUGGACGACAGCACGCCUCCGGGCGAUCGGCAAUCCCUGCUCGAGAAGCAGCGUGUCCUGAUCCAGCAGCACGAGGACGCCAGGGAGCUGAAGGAGAACCUGGACCGCCGGGAAGGCAUCGUCUUCGACAUCCUGGCCAGCUACCUGGGCCCCGAGAGCCUGGCGGACUACGAGCACUUCGUCAAGAUGAAGUCGGCGCUCAUCAUCGAACAGCGCGAGCUGGAAGACAAAAUACACCUGGGUGAGGAGCAGCUGAAGUGCCUGUUGGACAGCCUGCAGCCGGAAAGAGGCAAAUGAGGGUGCACCCACCCCCCACCCCACCCGGCCCUCCCUGGAGGAGGAGGAGGAGGAGGAGGAGGAGGAGGAGGAUGCAGAUGGGGUUGGCGGAGUCAUCAGCUCUGGUCCUGCGAAUGCAGCUGAAAACCGCAGCCUGUAUUUACGUCCUGUCGAUGGGGGUCGGGGGGUGGGGGGGUGUCCUCUCACAGCCAGGUGGCGGUCAGCAAAGCAAUAACUUCCAUGUGUGUGUUUGGGAUGAGUUCUUUAAUUCUUAGGUUCCCUUUUGGAAUGCUGAGCAGAGCGGCUCCCCCCGCCCCUUCUCCAUGGUGGCCCGGAAGCGUCCCCACGUGGCGCGGGGGCUCGGGUGCGCCAUGCGCGCCUGCGCAACAGGGUCACCACGUGGCCUAUACCGGCAGUGCGUGCGGGCACUGAACCGCGUCCUCCGUGCGGGAAUAAACGAGUGCGUCUCUAAGAAGGUGCAUGUGGGUUGAGGGUGGGGGCGGUUCGCCUGGUGCACGAGCUGUCCUGUGGAUCACGGGAAGCGCUGGAAGUGUUGCGCCGUUGGUUGUGUCUGUCCUGUAAGGAUGACCCCUGACCCAGCAAAAUAAUGAGGAUGAGCAUUAUUUAUUAAUGUGUUAGAAAGGAGGAUAGUUGUCCAUGUGGUUUAAAGACCAGCUGUGAAAUGAGGAGCUUUCAGCACGCUAGGCUCACUCAUGGUGAAAUCGCCACUUGCACAGUGUGCAUGCUUUAAGAAAGGCGCACGCAGAAGGCACAUACCGGCUUUGGUUUUUCUGGGAUGACACCCGCGUGCAAAUGGUAUUUCUGCAAAGUGAGAUUACCUGGCUGAAAGUGUGUCCGGAGGGUAUGUGCUUGCAAGGUUUUUUUUUUUUUCUUAAGGCCCCUGAGAUAUUUUCCUCAUUUACUUUCCCCUCCGCCCCUCCCCCCCUGCCCCGCCCCCAGAACAUUUCUUUGUGCCCUGAUUGUAUUUCUGUGUGUAUAUGAUUGUGGAUUAUAAUUGGCAGCUCCUGUCUUGUUGCUUCUCUGGAUUAGUUAUGGCAGUGUCAAGGCCACAUUUCCUCUAAGAACCCAUGGUUCUGGCUUUCCAGAAGCCCUAGUGGACCACAAAACUCCCAGACCUGGUCUUUAUCUGCCACAGAGUUGACCACUGUCUGUUCCCCGUUUUAUCAUUUGAUAUUGCAAGGUGGUCCAGAGUCUGUUCACUAAAGAAAACACUGUCGAGCUGUUGUUUUCCAGUGCCCGAGUCAUGACUAGGAGAAGAUAACUUGCAGAUCCCAUGUGCUGCAUUUGCAUCCAGAACAUAUAAACAACUUUCCAAGUUAACAGUAUGAAAACAGACACCCCAGUUAAAACAUGAGCCAGAGACUUAAAUAGACACUUCACCAAAGAGGCUAUAUGCAUGUCAGUAGGCACGAUAGGGUGUUCAGCCCCUCGUGGCUUGGUUCUCACGGUCUGAUUUUUAACCUGAUCAUCUGUGUUCCGUCCCAGUUGGGUGAGAUCCUGCAUAAUGGCGGGAGAAGCCCCAAGAUAACUUCAUGUUGGGGUGAUAGAGAUCAGAUCACGUUACUCCUUGUUUCCUCUUAUGCCUGUGAAAGGAGUUUUCCGACAGGUAGGGAGAUAGCCCUUUGUCACCAGUGGCCGGCACCUUCCCAAAGACAGAAGGACACAAUGUCUUAUUAAAGGACACUACUCCACACGGAGCCAGAAGGACAAGCUGGACUGGCCACGGUGAUACCUCUGCAGCCCUGGGGAGAACCGACCUGGCAGGCUUCAGUGAUGCUGGCAGUAAACAUUCCUUGGCAGCCCACCCACACCAAAGAAAAAGGCCUUUUUCUGCACUUUUUAUUCUUCUUAAAUUAAGCUGUUCCUGAUUUGAAAAGCCCCUCUUCUGCCAGUGAAGUGUCAUCGUCCUCCUCACACGCUAUGGUCACUUGCUGUGAAAAUGGGUCAUGACAGAAACAAAGCUGGCCGUCCAUGGACCCCCUCCCCCACCCCCGCCACUGCCACCUUCCUCCCUUGGGGAGAUAACCACAGUGAUGUCAGUGUGUUUUGAUUUUCACAAAGCUUUCAUCUGUGAUUCUUGCCCUUGUCAUACAGUAUUGUGAUCAUUUUGAUGAUACGUCUGUAAAAUGUGAAAAUAGAGUUUUUGCCUGUAGCCAGGUUUUCAGUGUCUUUUGAGAACGUUGUCUUCUACAUAGCAAUACACAGGGCACUGGUGUCCUUUAAACGAAGCCCAUAGAAUCACAACGGUCCUGUCUGUUUCCCUAUCUGCCUCAUAAAUGUCUGGUGGUGGGGACAUAGAGAUUGCAGUGAGUCAGUGUGCACAACUUUGUGUAUAGCUAUAUUACAGCAUAUGCAAACAAUCUGGUGCUAACGUUUCUCCCGUGGCAUUCCUGGGUGGUGGCUGAUGGCUCACCCCGGGUCAUUGCUCAGCUGAGAAGUGCUCUCUGUAUCUCGAGGUUGCAGUCAGGGACCUUGCCGGAGACUUUGAUCAUGCCGCCCACCAUGGAAGAUGUGUACCAAUUUCAUGCUCAACACUUAACACUUACCUCUCAACAGAUCAUCCUGCUUGACCUUAAUACAAUAAAUGGUGUCUUUCAGUGAA